ACACAUCCAUCUUCUAACGCCCUAUCCAGAGCUGGGUCACAGGGGGCUUGGAGCUCAUCCCAGUCAGCACAGGGAAGAAGGCAGCCCAACACGGGCAGCCCACGUUAGGGCACAUAGGAUGUCAAGAAAACGGCAAGAGGCCACGGCUCGCCAUGGGUGGGCAUCCGUGCCGAAGCGAAAGCCCGCUAGCAGAGAGACUCGGACCAUUACAUCUGGGCUCCGUCGGCGGCGCGGCGCGGAGCAGAGAGCGAGCAGGAGCGUGGAGGACGCGGGCUGCCCAUCCGUCGGGCUCCGGUGGAGGAGUAGCGGAGGAAGCCGAGCUCCCAAGAGGAACACCUGAUGAGCGACCCUGCGCCUCCCUGCCAUAAUAAACGGGUUUUAUUCAUUACUUAAAUCGUUUUUUGUUUAUGUACGACAUUUUUAACUAGUCAUGGCAAAUCGACUAAAAUAAAAACAACAGAGAGGAAACUCAUGCAGGAAAGACUGACCUGAGACGUCAUGUCCCUCCAGCAGUGUUCGGCGCCCCCUGAUGGAUACAGCUAGUCCUGCCAUGAUGGAGGCGGGGAGCUUCCCACAGGCGGUCCCCACCGUCCCCAAUGCCACCAACUGCUCGGGGUCUCCGGGGGGGGCCUUACAGCCAAAAUCAGCCACGGAGGCCACGCUGGUGGCUGUGUUCCUCGGGAUCCUGACGCUGAUGACUGCCCUGGCCAAUGGCGGCGUUAUUGCUGCCAUCAGUACCACCAGAAAACUCCACCUUCCCGCCAACUACCUCAUCUGCUCAUUGGCCGUCACUGACCUGAUGGUGGCGGCCCUGGUGAUGCCCCCCAGCACGCUGUACAUCACAGCGGAGGCCUGGUGGCUGGGCCGCAUCGCCUGCGAGGCCUGGCUUAGCAUGGACAUGACCUGCUGCACCUGCUCCAUCCUGCACCUAUGCGCCAUCGCCCUGGAUCGCUACUGGGCCAUCACCGACGCCGUCCAGUAUGCCCGCAAACGGACCGCGCGCCGUGCCGCCGCCACCGUGGCGACCGUCUGGGCCAUCUCCGUGUCCAUCUCCCUGCCGCCGCUGUUCUGGCGGAGCCACCGCGCCUUGGGGGCGGUGCCCAGCAGCGCCGCCCAGUGCAUCAUCGAGCACGACCACGUAGGAUACACGCUGUACUCCACCUUCGGGGCUUUCUACAUCCCCCUGGCCAUCAUCCUGGUCCUCUACUACCGCAUCUACGCGGCCGCCAAGGCGCUCUACCAGAAGCGAGGAUCCAUGCGCUACCUGAGUGGGCGCAGCACCGACAGCCAGAACUCCUUCGCCUCGGACCCCACACUGGACCUCGACCGGCUCCACGUCACCCUCCGCGUGCCACCCUGCGAGGUCUGCUCCUCAUCCCGGGAGCGCAAAGCCGCCCGCAUACUUGGCCUCAUCCUGGGGGCUUUUGUCCUCUGCUGGCUGCCCUUCUUUGUCAAGGAGCUCCUGGUGGGCCUGCACCUGCUGAGCCCUUCUCCGAAGGUAUCCGACACCCUCACCUGGCUGGGCUACGUCAACUCUCUCAUCAACCCCCUGCUUUACACCAGCUUCAACGAGGACUUCAAGCAAGCCUUUAAAAAGCUGUUCAGGUGCAAAGACCACACGCAGACCAUGCACAGACCACGCGUAGACCACUCAUAGGCCACGCGUAGACCGCAAAGAGCCACGCCUUAGGACAGGACCAGUAACAUUCUGUAAAGUGUUGUCAUCUGCCAGCUCGUGUUUUUUCUUUGUCUUUCCCAAUAAAACUAUCGACAAAAUUCACAAGUUCAUAUACAUUCAUCUCCAAAAAGGCAGCGUUGAGGAGAGGCAGGAAAUCACGUACAAGAACAGCUGUAAAACCAAAAAUGGGAGGACCUGUUAAUCUACAGUAAACGGGGCAGCACAGCUUUGUGGAUUUGUAUUCCAUUUUGUUUCCUUAUUAAAGUAUCACCACAAACUGGAGAACGAGGACUCAACUCACCUGUGUUCCUGUUAUUGUUUUCAUUUUGGUAGCUUAACCAGUACGUUGGUCCAAAGGGAAUGAAACAUUUACCUAUUAUCCUAUUGACCACAACACCAGCUGCAGUCCUGCUGUCCUGAGGCAUUACCGGAAAGUGGUGAUUUGAGAUUUUAAAAAAAAUAAUAAUAAUCAGAUUAGACAAUUUCCUAAGGAUGCAGCUGUGUAAGCCAUUUAAUUUUACUGGGAAUGAGUGUUUGGAGACACUCAAAUGAAACCUCAUUCGUCUCAGACCUGAGCUUCCUACAAGAAUUUCCUCCAUGUAAUGAACCAUCAAGCCGUUCUAGGCACGAAUACGCUGUUUAUUUGCGAGCCAGUCAUUCGCUGAGGAUUCAGACUGAAAUGCGAAACGUUUAUACGUUCUAGAAAGGAGACACACCCAUUAAACACGCCUCUCUUGCUAAAUAGCUAGAAACUCGGCCAUGUUUUAGGAUUCAGCGUGUUCACUGAGCAUGUGUUAUAAAAUGAUGCAGCUCUGCAUCCGUUCGUGUCACUUCAUCUUCCUACAUUUCUAUGUCCUGUUGAGCUGCAAGUCAGAGACGUUGCU